AAAGGAACUUUACAGAUCUAUAAACUGUAGAAGCAGGACAAUAAAGGUUGACGCUUGUUACGUUUGUUGACGUCGCUGAAGUUAUCUGCUUUAGUAGAUAUGACGUUGUCGGCUACAACUGCCGUGCUGUUGAUAUGUUGUCUAAGCAUUGGCAACGUGAUGACAAAAUCGACAUCGGAUAUCUACCGGGAGUUGGAGGAAGUCUUGGAAGGCUUAAAUGAGGAGACGAGAGGGGAAAAUACGGAGGAAUCGGAUUUGUAUUCUGACACAUUAAAUGGCGAUGCUGUUGACGUCAUGACGCGAAUGUCUAAUGCCAACUAUGAAGCCGCAAAGACCGCCAUUGACAGCGCUAAAGAGAAGCUGAAGGACGAGUUCGCGGUACGGAAUCUUCACUUUACAACAGGUAUUGACAGUCCUCCCGGAGGAUCAACUGCAGCCUCGAUGGCUGGUCUGAACGACUUGACACACGGGUCAGAAGGGGAACACGAGGAAAAUAAAACUCUGAUAGCUCUGUUUGCUGCGGAUAUACUUAUUAAAAACGGCCAAUUCACGUCCAUCGAGAAGAUGCAGGAGGAUAAAAACGUGAAAAAUGCGUUUAGUGAUGAAGACGGAGACUGCGAUGGAAGAAAUCGUCCAGUGGUUCACGUCGAUUGCUCGAUGGAGGCUGACUCGAAAUACAGGAGAAUCAAUGGCACCUGUAAUAACAUACAGAAUCCGUUAUGGGGGUCGACAGGGACGCCCCAGGUUCGUCUUUUAGAUGCUGAGUACGAAGAUGGGAUUGGUGCAGUACGGACAACUGGAGUGAAUGGCGAUCUACCAAGUGCCAGGACACUGUCCAUAACAGUGCUACGAAACGAGAGUGACCCCCAGACACCCGAUGACCCUAUCAGAAGUGUGAUGGUGACGGUGUGGGGUCAGUUUCUUGACCACGACCUCACAGAAACCCCUAUGACUAAAGGUAGGAAGGACACCAAUGUUGGUUGUUGUUCACUACCCAAGGCGGUGAGAGACCUCAGGACGACUCAGUGCGCAACUAUUGAAAUUGAACCCAACGACUACCAUUUCACAACAGAUUGUAUGGACCUAGUGCGAUCCUUACCGACCAGAGAAAACCCAUGUGUUCCAGGAGUUCGAGAACAAAUCAACGCCAUCACAAUUUUCAUCGACGGAUCCCAGGUAUAUGGAUCUGAGGAAUCUGUUGCUGGGAGUCUUCGCUCUUGGACCGACGGUUUAAUGAAGGUCAAGGGAGACAACCUUCUACCUGCAAAUGAAGAUACCGCAUGUCUGCUGACAAAACGCAAAACCCAUUGCCUGUUAGCUGGUGACGUGCGUGUGAACGAGAACCCUCACCUUGGAGCCAUACACAUUGCCUUCGUACGAUACCACAAUAUUCUGGCCAACCGUUUCAAGGCUCUUGGCCUUGCUGACGACGAAGAGAUAUACCAGAGGACCAGGAAGAUCAUCGGUGCCAUUAUGCAGCACGUGACCUUCUCGGUUUGGUUACCUGAUGUGAUCGGGGAGAGGGCCAUGAGGAAAUACAGACUCACCUUAGACGACACGGAUCCAUACGACAUUCGAUUCAACCCGUCUGCCAUUAACGAAUUCAGUACGGCAGCCAUGCGAUACGGCCACACACUAGUUUCCCAAAACUUGCUCCAGCUGGACGAUGGUUUCAAGAUCACAGAUGAUUCGGAUCGGCUCGAUAAUCACUUCUUUAGACCAGACAUGGUCUCUGACAAAACGCAGCUACAAAACUUAGCCCGCUGGAUGGUCUCUUUGUCGUGCAAGAAGUCGGACGCAUUUUUUGUCCCAGCGAUACAUGAUGACUUAUUCUUCCCACACCUUCUAGACGGACUUGACCUUGGUGCACUCAACAUACAGCGAGGACGCGAACACGGGCUGCCAGGUUACACGAAAUACAGGAAAUUAUGUAAAUUAAGUGUUCCUGCGGACUUUGAUGAUCUGAAAGACCAUACCCCAUGGUUCCAAGAGAAACUGCGUAAAGCCUAUACGGAUGUGGACGACAUUGACCUGUUUGUCGGUGCGAUGUCGGAGACUCCUGUGAGUGAUGGACACAUAGGAAGCACCUUCGCCUGUCUGAUAGGAUUGCAGUUCCGGGCCCUGAAACGAGGCGACCGCUUCUGGUUUGAACGUCCUCAACCGCAAGGAUUGACGCAAGCUCAGAGAAAUAAUAUAAAAGCAUUUCCUUUGGCUAAGGUUUUCUGUGAAGUAUUUGGCUUACAAAAGAUUCAGAAAAACAUUUUCCAAGUACCAAGGUUAAGUGAAUUCAUCCCCUGUUCUGAUCUGCCCGACAUCAACGUCGACCUUUGGAUGAUGUGAGACCAGGUGGUACCGAAUCGAUGUCAAGCGGAUAGAAAUUCUACACUAUAUAUAAUGGCUCUUUGUUAUAUCUCCAGACAGUACCCUAUAAUGUAAACGGCUGCUUACAUGUAACAGUUAUCUGUCAAUAAAUCACACUUUUGCAUCAGAGUUUGUAAAUAAAAUCUUCAUUUUAAACAUGA